AUGGCCAGAACAUUAGUGCUUCCGGUUUUGCCGGAGUUGCAGAAGUUUCUGUUGGCCAACGCCGCGUUAUCGAUCGCGGUCGACAAGUCUGCUUACAAAAACGUCGUCAUAGAGAUCGAGGACAACUGCCAAACGAGUCUUCAGAACCUAAAGAUUAUGCUGACGUCGGCGUCGCAGUAUCUCUUCAAUGCGCUCGACAGCCGAGUGUACUUCGGUGAGGUGUCGGUCAUCCUGCCCAACCAUUGGCCUCAGUCCUGCAUACCCUACAACCAGACGCGAACGUCGGCAAGCGGCGAAACAAGCGACGUGACGAUCCGACCCCAAACCAAGGCGGAACCGUCGAUCUGGACACAGCAGUACGCUGGGUGCGGCGAGUCGGGCGAGCAGAUCUUCGUCGAUCCGGACAUCCUCGGACGGGAGACGAUCUGGCGGGAGUUUAUCCGCGAAUGGGCUAAAUACCGGUACGGGGUGUUCGAUGAGAUCGGGUACGAUCGCGAUCCCGUCUAUCCGCGGUGCUACAUCAAUGACGACCACAAGGUAAAGCUGACCGGGUGCUCCGACGCCCCGGUCAAUGAUGAGGGGUUAUGCGGAAGUCCAUCGUCGCCGGUGCCGGUACCGUACAACAUUAGCCGCGUGCUGGAUCCGAACGCACGCACCAGCAUUAUGUUUGCGGCCGAAUCGAAGAGCGUGACGAUGUUCUGCGACGAAGGAACGCACAAUCGGUACGCCCCGACGAAGCACAACCAGAUGUGCGAUCGGCGCAGCACGUACGACGUCAUCCUGAAGCACACCGACUUUGCGCCCCAGAACCAGAUGGAGUUCAACCCGUCGGUGAUCAUCAACACGGUGCCAAAGUUUAGCUACAAAUCGCGCAAACUGACCCGCUACGUCGUCGUGAUCGGCCAAACAUUCGUGAUGAGGGAGCGCGAAACGUGGAGCUUCCUGCGGCGCGCGAUACGCAAGUGGAUCGUGUACGAUCUGCCGGCUAGCAAGACGGAGAUUGGAAUCGCGCUGGCGAACGAUACGGCCACGUACGACAUGCUACCGAUCACGUCGCUGCAGAUCGAAAAGAACAAGGACCGCAUCGCGUCUUUCAUCCCGUACACGUCGAGCGAUCUGAACCGGCCGACAUGCUUGAGCUGCGGUAUCUCCGAUGCGAUCCACAUGCUGAACGAGCAAACGCGCCACCACGGGCCGGCCAACUCGAUCAUCUUGGUGAUCGCGCCCGGUAUGGACAUCGAGCAUGAGUCGCUGGCCCGCUCGGCACGGGCGUCCAAGAUCCGGAUCGCCACCAUCAACUACCCGAUCGUGGAACCGCGUCGGCCACUCGAUGCGCUGGCCCACGAAACCGGUGGCAGUGCGUACUCGGUGUUCGAGUGCCGCGACAACUCCGAAAAGUCGCUCGUCACCACGUAUUUCGAGCUGUCGAAUGCGCUGCACAACAUUGGCAAGCAGUACUACGAGGGCAACCGGAACGAGUUUCCGGUCGAGAUCUUCCGGCGCGUGCUGCUCGACUCGGUCGGUGAGACGAACUCGCAGCGCAGUAGCCGCACGGUGACGGGGAACUUUAUGCUCGACCCGUUCAUGGGCCCACCGGCCGAAUUCUUCAUCUACGUGCACAACUCGGAGAACCCACUGGUGUCGAAUGUGCGGCUCACGAACCCGAACGGCGUUGUUUACUCAUCGAUGAGCGAUGCACGCGCCUCCGUGCGGCAACUCUCGCUCCUGGCGACGAUCAACGAAACCGGCAUCUGGAACUACUCGAUCGAGCGCUUCCAGGGUAACCCGCAGCCGCACUACGUCCAGGUGAUUGCCACGCCGCGCUCCAAGUACGCCCCGGUCAUCACGGCCCGCGCGUGGGUCCAUCGCGGCAAAGCCGGCGGUCCGAUUGUGAUCUUCGCCGAGGUGAAGAAGGGCGAUCUGCCAGUCGUGUCGGCCCAGGUUGAGGUUACGGUCACAAAACUGGAGCGUGUCUGCGAACGCUUCCGCGAACCGGUUCCGCAGCAGAGCGACGAACGGUUCCUGCUGCUCGACACGGGAGCCGGCGAUCCGGACAUUACGAAGGGUGACGGUAUCUACUCGCGGUACUUCAACGCGGACGAAUUCGGCGGCCCGGGCACAUACCAGCUGGAGGUGACCGUGAGCGAUCGGGGCAAUACGGCCUACACGUUGGCGGAGGGUGCCAGUUACUCCACAACGUCCACAAAUGUGCAGCCAGGACGUUGCUGCGGUAGUUCUGUGCCAAUACCGCAGAAGCAGUCGCUCGACUCGUUCGAGCGCAUCCUGGCCCCGAUGACGGUGUUCGUGAGUCAGGCCGAUCUGGUAAAUGCGGCCAAAGUGCCGGCCGGUCGCAUUAGCGAUCUCAGUGCGGACGUCGAAGGGAUGAAAGUGCGCCUCAGCUGGACGUCACCGGACAUGGGAGGAAAGAAUGUGGCCCGGUAUGAGGUCAAGUACGCCACUACGAUCAAGGAUAUUGUGGACAACUUCGAUACGGCGGCCGUCCUCUGGCAUCACGACACACCGUUCACGUUCUCGAUCGGCGAGGGGAGCGAGUUCACGAUGAACAUUACGCACGAACCGCACCUGUUCGGGCAGAUCCUAUACUUUGCCGUGCGCCCGUACUCGACCCUCACGAAGGACGCCGAACCGGGUCCGAUCUCCAACUACGUGCGCGCUUUCGUGACCAAACCGAAACCGACGACACUCUAUCCACCGUCCAGCACGGGCGGCACGGAGAGCUACGAUUCGAUCUGGUCGUCGUACGAUGGGAUCGCGAAGAACGGGGACGACAACAUGGACAUCAUUCCGCGCAUCGCGAAAACGAUGGAUCUUGGACCGGAGCUAAUACUCCCGAUCAUCGCCGGCAUUAUUCUUCUGCUGGCCCUCAUUCUCAUCUACUGCUGGUUCUGCGUGGUGAAGAAGCGUCACGACACCCACGACGACGAGCAGAAGAAGCCGAUCAAGUCGUUCAAGAGUGACACGAAGCUGACCAACAGUCACAGCGUCAUCGUGACCGCUGCCGGGAACGCGUCGUCACCAUCGUCCAACUCGACCACGUCGUCGUCUUCAUCCCCGAACCAUCACGCGUCAUCCGGCCCGGGCCAAACGACACUGCCACAGUCGAACUCGUACGACCCGAUGGGCCUGAGCGAUCAUCAGACGGUGGGCAUUCCGACGAUCUACAGCAUCGACGAUGAUGUCCUGCUAGCCAAGAAGCGUUACAGUGCCGUGAUCAACAUGGGCGGCCCGACUCAUCCAAUCGAGCAGCAGCUGAUCGAGGAACUCAAACAGCAGCAGCACAUCAUCGACACGCAAUCCUUCAUCCUGCCGAACCACGCGGGUGGACCCCAGGCGGCCGGAAACGGGACACUGGUCAGCAACAAUAAUAAUAACAACAACUGUAGUGUAAGCAUCAUCUCCACCACCUCGAACAACACGACCCUGACGAGGACGUACAAUCCGAAUGCGGCCACCAUUAUGGUCGGUGGACGAACGCUGAGCCCGUAUGAGUCCUGGUCAGCGUCCCAGUUGCUGCAAGAGCACGAACAGCACCACCAGCGCCGCCACAGUCCACCGCUGAUUGAUGAUCUCAUCGACAACAAUUUGCACCAGACGUUCUACAAUCCGGUACUCGGUGGCCAACCGGCCGGUGGGUUGCACCAUCCGCAUGCCAUGCACGGUCAGCCCUCGGGUGCGGAUCAGAUGUCGCUACUGAACAACAACCACCUGAACGAGAACGGAUCGCCACCGGUACCACCACUGCCGAUCUACACGACCAGCCCGUCGGGACCGGGCGUCGAAAACACCACUUCGUACGUCUACGGCCAGAGCCACAGUGCCGGUGGACUCGGUGUAUCACAACCCAAUGGGGGAACCACGAUCAGCGGAACCGACACGAAGAAGCGCCGCAAUGUCACCAUGGUCUAGGAGGUUCUAGGUCAACGGGAAGCAGCGGUUGGCAGCAUUCGAGCCUAUUCGAGCUUUAGCCUGGACCUACCGGCCCGCGUUGCCUGUUGCCUCUGGUCAGCGGCAGCACGAGAGCCAUGGGACGGUUCGGCGUAAAGUUUGAAAUGUGCGAACUAGUCAUCGUCAAGGAGGAUUUCGUUUUCUGUUUAAUUAGAAUACGGUAACCGAUCAAAAACACCCACAAACCGAGGGCUGUACGGAAACUAGACCAGGGCGUCCUCGACGGACAGACCGUCAAAGUCCAGGGCCAUAUUUUGGGUGAUAGAUAGGAAAGACGCCGAGAGCCAGUAAGCAUUGCUCGGUUUGGUAAGAAUGUACCAAAGGUAGAGCGACACCAUAUUGGACAGCCGACGAGGAUAUUUUAGUAACAGAACAAGCCCGCCGGAAGGGCGCGCAACGGUAACUAGUGGCAUUAAAAAGAAUCGAACACUUAAGUCUGAUUGUGUAAUGAUACGG